AUGAGAAUAGUACUCGUGUUUCUGCUAUUCGUUCUGGCUGCUGUGAGUGUGGAAAGCGUGGGCGUGGAGCAGAAGAGCGCACCGCCGAGCACCGCCGCCGCCGCCGUCAACCCGAACUUUGGUCACGCCAACUCGGCACUUUGGAAGAACAAGGGGUGAGUGGAAGCUCCGAUGAAAUUGAAUCAAAAUGUUCAGAAAACCACGUGAAAAGCGCUACGGUGGCUACUAUGGCGGUUACGGUGGCUAUGGAUACGGUGGCUAUGGAUACGGUGGAUACGGUGGAUACGGUGGAUACGGUUGCUGUGGAUACGGUGGAUACGGCGGUUAUGGAGGAGGAUGGAGAGGCGGUUAUGGUGGAUACGGAUACAGAGGCGGAUGGGGCGGCGGAUGGGGCGGCGGAUGGAGGGGCGGAUUCGGAGGAUGGGGAUGGGGAAAGAAGUGA